AUGUCUGAAGCGGGAGAUAUUGCAAGUCUUGCUCCAGGGCCAAUUGAAGGUGUUGAAUAUCCAUUGAAGGUUCUGUAUUGUGGACGUAAGGAUUUUUGAGGGGGGGGGGGAUUUUUUGGGCUGAAAAUUUGACAAAAUUUUCUAAUGACUUUGAAAAUUGAAAUUAAUUAUUUCAUAAAAAUCAUUGGAAGUAAUUUUUAGACUGAAAACUUAAUAUGAAUUAUAUUUCAAGAAAAAUUCAGGAAUGUUUUAGAUAUCCAGAAAAAAGGCGAAAAUUUAAUCCAAGUCUCUAAAAAUUCUACAAUCCUAAAUACAUUUUCUAUAACAUUUUUCAUUAAACAUUUGAAAAUUUCAAUCUAAAGUUCAGAAUCUCAGAAAAACUGAAUAUAUUUCAUAAUUCAAUAUUUUUCAGAGUUUUUUAGUUUUGAAAAAUUUUAUAUAUUGCAUAUAAAUUUUGCCACGUCAUAACUCAUUUCACAUGUUUUUUUCUUCAGAAUGCACAAUGCCAUUGGAAUAUUGCGAUUAUUCGGGACAAACUGAAUUAUGUCGCGCUUGGGCCACUCAAAAUGUUCCGGAUCUUCUCGAAGGUUUGAAUAUUGAUGAUUCGAAAGGUGGAGAUGAAAAAAAACAUCAGACGAGAGGAGGAAAAGGAUCGAAACCGGUGAAGGUAUUCAUUUUUCAAAGUUUUUAAAUUUUAUCCUAUAUUUUUGUGUGUAUUUAGGAAAAGAAGAAGGCUAGCGGCGGAGUUCAAAAAGUUACAGUUCAACGAGAACCACGUGGCAAAAAGUCGGUGACAGUCAUCAAAGGUCUCGCCACAUUUGAAAUCGAUUUGAAAGUGGCCGCCAAAUUUUUCGCGCAAAAAUUCGCGUGUGGAAGUUCGGUGACUGGAAAUGAUGAGAUUGUUAUUCAAGGAGAUGUCAAAGAUGAUCUUUUCGAUUUGAUUCCUGGAAAAUGGGCACAAGUUACUGAAGAACAUAUUGAUGAUUUGGGAGACAAAAAACGAUAA